UAGGCCCAUGUGGCCCAGCGCAGUAUAGCAAAUAUUGGACGGAACGGGGUCUUAGUCUUAGGGUUCCAACAGCACCGAACCCACCCCCGUGCGGGCGCCGUCUUCGCCUCCGCCCUACCGUUCUCGUCGCCGGCCGGCACCGUGGCUUCUCGUGAAGCCAGGCCCCCGCGCCGGCACGUCGCCGAUCCAUGGACGCAUGUAUCCGAUCGCUCGACGAUCCAUGGAUCGGCGCCGUGCCGCGCCAACGGGGAUCGAAGUCUUCUCGAUCGAUCGAUCGACUGAUCUCGCCUGCCCAGCCCAACAGGCAAACUCGACCUCAGUCUGCAGGUAUAUAAUACAAUAUUGUUCUUACAACUAGUUUCAUCCAAGUUCGAUCCAUCGGCAAUCCGAUCUAUACGCAUGUGCUCCUACGCUAUACAACGGCGGCGACUCGUGCGACGGUGGCCGUCACAGCUUUACCGACGGCCCGACGGCGAUGGACGGGAGCAACGCCGUUCUUCCAUGUUUCCGAUCUCACCCUUUUGACGCAGGGGACUUUGGCAUCGGUCCAUAGGAAGGAUCAAUAAACAUUCAUGUUCUUUCUUUCUUUCUUUCUUUUAGAACAAGAGGCAGCCCUUCUUUCAUUUGAUCAGAGAAAAAAUAAAGUCAGAUGAAAAAAAAAAGUAAAGGGUCAGAUGGAAAAAAGAAGCUAGCGCGGAUAUCUAAUAUCUCCCUACAUUUGAAAUUGAUUAUAUUUAGUAAAUCAAUUAUAAUAUCGGCCAAGCUACUUUAGUUUUGCAAAUUUCUUUUGCAACGGCGUGUCGUGCAUUGUUCAUAUCCAUGGUGCUACAAAAGCAUCUGGUUUUUAUUUUUCUGUUUUUUUAUAAAUAAUAUUUGGUGCGUGUAAUUAAUGUUGCAUGCUCGGGUGUGAAUAAACACAAUAUUGUUCAUAAUUUUUUUCUGGUGCUCUCUGUUUUUCACUGGUUUAACCUCCUGCUGUUUUUUGUAAAUAUUCAGCGCCACUUCUAUGGAGUGGACUAAUCAUGUAAUUUUGUAUGCCCAAAUAUUGGAAAACGCUUCAUGACUUUUUUUUUUGUUUCUUCUCAUCAAAUGUUAAGAAGUGCUUAUUGAUGGGUUCUGUUUGUCACAAGUUGAAGUUGGUGGUUUUUAGACGCUAUGUAAUUUACAUGACGCACAACAUGUAAACUUGUUCUUAUUUGGCCCUAUGAGAUAUAAUUCCAGAAAACCUUUAAGGAAAUCAAAGGUAACUCACUUUUCAACAAAUAUUUCUGAUUCAUGUAUUUCUGGUUAACAUAUGAGAAUUUUGUGGCUAUUUGCAUUGAAAAUAAUUAUGCAUGGACUGCCAUUCUUUAGGUGAUUUUAUGUACCACACAUGUUACCAUUAUGUUUUAUCCGUCUUAUAUGAGAACAGAAAACCUGGUCAACUACUGAGAUCUUGAAAAGCAGUUGCAAGAUAUCCCUACUAGGAUUUGAUUCACUCUCCGGAAUGUGAAGAAGUUGGACACCUUUUCCAACGGUGGUGACUGGCAAGCGGCAGUUGACAGUCUAGGCCAGGUGGGGUACUGCAUGCGGGAGGUUUGAGGGUCCUCGUUGGAUAUGCCCAUAUGCUAAUCUAUAUCUAUAUCUAUACCUACUAUUAAAGCAAGGUGAUAUUCUUGGUUUCGUCCCGCAUUUGAUCCUACAUUAUGUGAAAUACAUGAGGUGGUACUAAUUUGUAGAGCAAAGCUUCGUAUCAUUUAUUAAAAAAGGUUCGUAUCAGCUAAGAGUUGGGCCUGCGUCCCUCCACUUGGGCCUUCACACGUACGUUGUGAUCAAGCCCCUCAGUUGUUUCAGUUUUGUUUCUCAAAAAAAAAAGUUGUUUCAGUUUUUUUUAAGAAUCCUACUUUUCCGGCAAGGGAUGAAGCAGGCGAUCGAGCUCGUCCCGUUUCCUAUGCCCUCCGUAAGUUGUUUCAGUUUUUUUUUCUAAACAAAAAAUCAGUCGGCUGGCUGGGCCUUAUGGGCGAGCAGACACGUCUCAGCUUUCAAUGGAAUAAAAAACCUUCUCAGCUAUUGGACCUGGAGUUGGUCAAGGUACUGCUGCAGGACAAGCUGUAGAAGUGUGGCAGCACGCGCACGAGCCGGCUCGGCUCGACCCGACGCGACUCGGGGUCCAGUCCGUACGACCAAGGCGGCGCGGCCGGCCUAGAACCUCCGUUAAACCCCAGGCCACCUCGCCGGCCUCGACCACCCCGCCGGCCGCGAAGCCCCUCGCCGGCGCCGGACGGCCGCGUCCUCCUCCCGCCCGCCGGCCGCGCCACCCUGCUCGGCGCCUGCCAACAACACCGGCCUCCUCGAGUUCCACGACGGCCCGCUCCACUCCGACCAAGCCGCCGGCCUCCUGCACGUUCGACGGGCGCCAAGUCCGACCGGCCACCUGCUCCUGGCGUCCUGUUGGACGCCCGCCUCCUGACCUCCUCCUGUUCCACGUCCGCGGCCAUCACGGGCACGGCUGGAGUGGCACUAAAUAUCUCGAAGAUUCACCUUUGAAGAAAGUGUUACUCCAGGACCUCUUGAUUAGAUUGGAUCUAGGCCUCUGCUCCCCUCCGUCAAAUGGCUACUGUCCGUGAGCCACCUCCGUGGGCGAGUGCCCCUCAACUUGAUUUCCAACUAUUCAAAAAUCCAACCAAAAUGGCAAGAUCGUACCACUCAUUAGGGGUCAGUGUGAGAAGGCUGCUGAUGCAAAAAUCAAACGAAGAAGGAGGCACUAAUUUUGUGAAGGAGGUCCAAAUUACCGGCUCUAUUGAUUUUGUUCAUGCAAUUCUGGAGUUAACAACCACACCAAGCUAUUUCAUCAUCAACAUGAUUCCACCUCCUGACAUAGAAGAUCACACACAUUUGCAUAGGGAGCUUAAGUUAUUGUAUGAUGCAAGCUCGAUGUAUAAGCUUGGCUUCUCUGCAAAUGUUGUUUGGCAUGUUUUCAAAGAUGCAAUUUUGCCAGGAGUUGAAAAACAACAGGAAGAGAAGUACAAUGUUGAAAGGCUUGACUUCGACGGUAGUUAUAAAGACAUUGGGGUGGACUUCAGGGAAUUGAUUACCGGUUUUGAUGGGCAGCUGGAUACCUACAAAGUAUUGGUAGAUCUUGCUCAUGCAACUCGUAAACAAAUAAUCAAAGCCUCGUGCCGCAACGUGGUCACCAUUUCCGAACCAAUGCGAUUUCCAAUCCUAUUCAAGCUACACGUCACAAACUUUCAGGAAGGUAAUCUGUGUGCUGUAUUAGAUGCUUCAGUCAAGAAAGAUGAGACAUAUCGGAAUAUAUCUUCUCAUUUCAACGACUGGAGCAAUUACUCUGAGAGAUGCAGAAAAGGAAGGGUACAGUUUGCUGCAGAAUGUGAAAGGUUUUACCAAGAGCUACGCAAGGACCUAAUACCAGGAAUUCCAACUUUUGAUGCUUUGCUAACUUUUGUGGGUCUUUUGUCAAAUAAAGACCAUAAAAAAAUUCAUAAGCAAGAGCAGUCUGCAAAGCACAUCAAACAUUCUUCUGUAAACCCAGAUGAUCGCAGUAAGGGUGGUCGGGAUGAGGACCCUCCGAGUGAUAAAGAUGAGAAUAAUCAAGAAAGACAGAAGAACAAGGAUACCUCUUCAGCUUGGUUUUUUGAGUCCCAUGUGAUGCCAUACCAUUGGAUUGGAAUGACGACAAAGGUGAUGAUAUGCGUGCCGGCGGACUACAACAUGCAGCUGCUCGAUGCCAUCUACUACAACUUCAUUGACGCUCUCCCAGUGGUCAGCUAUUGCUCAGAGAACAUUAAGCUUCUGUUCUACUUUACCUCUGAGAUAUGUGGCAAGAUCAUCGGCCGCUUCAUCGCCAAGGAUCAUCCCCACCAUAAGGAAACUGAUUUUUUCGAGCUGAAAGUUGGCGAGUCACCCUACAUCUUUGGUCCAAUUGUGAAGCAGAGGCGAUCCUACUCAUGUGUGACGCCGCUUAUUUUCUCUGAGGAUUUAGAAAAUGAUUUUGAAUUCACGGUUGUGAGGCCUUUCAAUUGGACUGGACCAAUGAUGGACUUCAUUCCUGACACUGAUGGUCCCAGGGAGGGCGUUCCACGGGUUUUGGCUUGCUUCAAUAAAAAUCUCCUCCGCAGAGAGACCUGGAAGCUUGCUGAUGGCGGGAAUUCUCAGAGAACUUAUGUUUGCAUCAAGGAAGCCAUUGAUGCAGCUCUUCUUUUGAUGAUUGCACAUGGUCAUGUCCCAGGAGAGCAACCUUUGAUUGCUAUGAGUUCCAAACGACUCUAUGGUGAAGGAUACAACGACAGGAUUCUUGAUGUUACUCUAAUCAUAGAGCAGCUAGUAGGUCACAUCUCCACUGUUGGGGGUCCGAGCACAUUCACUGCUAGGGAAUUUACUGAAAUGAUGACAUGUGCACCUUUGAUUGAGGCGAGCGCAGAGCAGUUCUUGGGCAAAGGAUAUGACGGCAGCGACGACAAGAGGAUUCCAGGCGUGACCCCGAUCAACAAAAAGCAGCUAGGAGAGCCACUGCUGGAGGAUCCUUUGAUUGAGGCGAGCACAGAACAGUCUUUGGGCGAAGGAUACGACGACAGCAACAAGAGGAUUCCUGAUGUGACGCUGAUCAACAAGCAGCUAGGGUGGAACCCAAACGAUGCCUCUCCUAAGGAACUGCUGCCGACAGCACUGACGACCUUGCAGCACAAGACCAUGCGGACAAGUUGUCGAAAGGCAGAUGUCACAGGCUCCAUCGUCGAGUUACACAACAUGUCGCAGUCUUGGAUUCUGCGGCGAACACUGAUGAUCAUGUAGAGAGCAGUUUUUUGCAAGCCAUAUAGAUAGAUAGAUACACAUACUACACACUCUCAUCGCUGAACAUGUAAAGUCCUUGCGUAAACGGGCGGAGCUGAUGUACAUUAUUCCACAAAUUCCGGGGCCUGCGGGCAUCGAUGAUGCGGGGCUGGAAGUAUAUUACGCACGUUGGUUUGGAGCUGAA